UGACUUUUUCGGAUCGUUUUCGCACUUCUUCAACAAACAAGACGUAGUAUCAUUCCGAGCUGUGAGCUCUCCCGCGUAAAAUGGCUGUUUAAAGGCGUGCAGCGGCUUCCUUAGCAGCGGCAACAACCAGGCAGUGCAACGGUCAAGUGCACUUGUUUUUUUAGGCAACAUGGCGUCUCUCUCAGCAUCCCCCCUCAGCUUUGCUGUAGUGGACAGCAGGACAGACUCUCUGAACUCAAUACUACCGUCGUUAUCGUGGACCCCUGACUUCCUGUCUCCUGACAGCCUCAUACAGGAACACCUGAAAAGCAGCAGCAGCAGCCAUGUCUCUGAGCAGUCAGCUGGCACUGGAGGACGUGGGGGGUCUUCUCUUAGGCCCCUUGUUUCUGACGGCUGACCCCAUGGGGCCCCUUCUGGACCAAGAUGAAGAGGAAGCUCUCUCUCCCUCCUCAUCCCUCUCUUCCCAGGGGAGGGCACCGCUUUCGCCCCCCCUCUCUUUCUCCUCCUCUUCCUACGCCUCCUCCCCCUUCUCCUCCUCCACCCCUCCUCCCUCCCCUCCUCCUCCCUUCCACACCUCGUUCCCGGAAAGCAAGGCCGGGGCGGACAUCCUCUCUCUCCCCUGGUUGGGCGAGGGCGACCUGCUCGACGCCCACGUGGGAUUGGACGGUGGCAAAGAGGAUGCGUUCUCCGGCAUGGACUGGAUGACGGAGAAGAUCGACCUGAGCGACUUUGACCUGGAGUCCCUGAUGGGCUCCUGUUCCCCGGGCAACCCUCCCAGCUCCCCUGAAGAGCUGCUGGCUUCCCUGGAGAGUCAACUGGACCUGGAGCCCUACGCCUCCCUGCCGGCACCCCAGCCUGGGGUGCUCGACCUGGGCCUGCCGCUGGCCCACCUCCCCCCCGUCCCCCUGGACCUCCCGCUCCCAGAAGAGGACAUGGAGGAAGAGGAGGAGCCGGUGCCCGAGGUGGUGGAGUGGAAGUCUGAGCCUCGCUCUCCCGCUCCCCUCUCUCCCGCUCCCCUCUCUCCCGCUCCCCUCUCUCCCGUUCCCUCUCCCCUCUCGCCCGCCUUCACCCUGGAGCUUGGAUCAGAAGUGGACGUCCUGGAAGUGGACAAGAUCACCACCACCAUCACCAUUAUCCCUGAGGCCGGCCUCCAGACCGUCGCUACCCCCAUCCUCCUCUCCCUCUCCCCCUCCGCCACCUUCAUGGUGGUCCUCACCCCCAAGGAUGAGCCCGCCCUCCUCCACAGCUCCUCGUCCCCACCCCCCUCCUCCUCCUCCCCACCCCACUCCUCCCCACCCCCCUCCUCCUCCUCUCCCUCCAGCGACUCCGAAAGCGACUCCGGCAUCGACUCCUCCGUCUCCGGCUCUCCCGCUCGCUGUUCCUCCUCUCCUCCUCCGCCCCCCUCCUCCGCCGGCUCCUGCCGCACCAAGCCCUACUCCAAACCCUCCUCCUCCCCCUCCUCAGUGUCCCCCAAGGUGAAAUCGGCGGGCGGCGGGGGGCCGCCCAAGGUGGUGGAGAAGAAGCUGAAGAAGAUGGAGCAAAACAAGACGGCUGCCACGCGCUACCGUCAGAAGAAGAGGGUGGAGCAAGACGUGCUGAACACGGAGCUGUGCGGGCUGGAGAGCAAGAACCGCGAGCUGGCGGAGAAGGCCGAGUCCAUCAGCCGUGAGAUCCAGUACCUCAAAGACCUGAUGGAGGAGGUCCGGUCGGCCAAGACCCGGCGGGCCGCCCCCAAGCCCUCGGCGGGGCCGUAGACGGACGGAGGAAACACGGGGGUUCACGUGUCCACGGCAGCCAGGGGACCGGGGGCUCUGCUGAGACCGGUAACGUGCUUCACACCGGGGGUGGCGUCGUAGGAGUGGCUGUGGUGGGUGCGUCUGUGAAGCCGUGCGCUGGUGUGGAUGUUUGGACCGCGGGAACGAAGGGAUCGACGGAACUUGGAGGAUGACUGAAUGUGAAGAAAGAUGACGGAGAAGUUGAUGAUUUUUUGGGGGAGGAGUUGAGGUGAUUGGGACUUGGUGGUUGUGGAUGGAGGAAGUGUGUGUGAGCGCAAGUCUUCCUUGUCCCUGUAGUUUGUCACACACACAGACAUGGGCAGAGUGACUAGUGGUGCUCUGUCUAGUGUAUACUAACACAUGAGUCAUGUCUGUCCAGCUAGAGUUAGGGUGGAUACCUCUUGUUAGGAGGCUGACCUCCUUACUACCUGCUAGACAUUCUUGUCAUUGUCAAACAUCACAAGACCAGACACAAUCCCCCCCUCCCUCUACCCCCCCCCCCCCUCUACCCCCUUAACCCAUCCUCUAACCCCAUGCCUCCCCCCUCCUCUUUCUCUCUCUCUCACACCUGUCCUCUGAGAAACUCUUAGUCCAGAAAGGGGCCUCGCCACUUCUCUCUCUCUCUCUCUUGCUCUCUGUCUCUCUCUCUCUCUCUCUCUCUUGCUCUCUCUCUCUCUCUGUCUCUCUCCGCCCUAUUUAAUUAAAUCAUUAACUUAUGUUACACUGGCCUCUGCCGUCAGGUGGUUUGGUUUGUACAUAGCUACUUCCCUUCCCAGUUCCACCUUGUUUUUAUGACUAUUUAAUGGCGAGGAGGACAUCAAGAAAUAAAUAAAACAAAUCGUUGUUUUAUUUAUUUGUAUUCCCUCCCCGCUCAGAUCUGUGUCAGCUACGAGUAGUUUGCUUUGUUUAGAGGACUUGUUGGGCUUGUACAAAUGUGCCAGAUGCUUUGCUAUGGUUUUUCUAAUAAAGAUUCUCUUAUCAACGCUCAA